AUGGAGGAGUGGAAGAUAACUCCGGAGGAGCUUAUUCGGCUGCGGGAGAACUGCCUCCAGUGCAUUCGCGAUGGCGAACUCUACCAGCUCCGCAAUGAUGCCAAGCUGAGGGCUGUGUACAACACCCAGAGCUAUGAGGAGUUCAAGGACGUGGUAGACGCGGCACAUCUUCGUCCCGUGACCAGGAGCGACAAGGCCAAUGCCAACACAAAGAACCGGCUGUGGAACUCGGCCGCCCGUGAUUGAUGAUAACCCAAAAUAAAGACGCCAGCAGUGUAUAAUAUUUA